CCCCAGAUGCUGUCUCAGCACAGCAUCCUCCUGGACACAGACCUGCGCCAGGUCCAGACUGACCCCUCCUGUCAGACUACGGACACGCAGAAGAAAAGAUACCUGCUCCAGGUGUUCACCAAGCCCAUCUUCUCAGAGGACACCUUCUUCCUGGAGCUAAUUGAGAGGAGAGGUGCGUCAGGGUUCGGAGAGGGGAACAUCAAAGCUCUGUGGAGGUCUGUCCAGGCAAACAUGGACACAGAGAGGGCAGACUGAGGAACAAGGAGAGAACACGACUCCCAGAACAUAACCCCAGAACCGAAGCACUGCCACAGCGCCUAACAUUUUACAGCGAACACUGCAGCGAACUCCUUCCUCCGCUACUCUUUCGUCUGUGUGAGGCUAAAAUACACAGAGUUUCCCGGGGAAGCUGUGGAGCGCCGAGGAAGCUGUGGAGCGCCGAGGAAGCUGUGGAGCGCCGAGGAAGCUGUGGAGCGCCGAGGAAGCUGUGGAGCGCCGAGGAAGCUGUGGAGCGCCGAGGAAGGGGAAGCUGUGGUCCACCGGGGAAGCAUUGAAUGAUUGUGUUUAUGAGUCUGUUAUUAAAGGUGUAUGUUUUAAUGAUUUUUCAUUAAACCAUGUAUGGCUAAUAUUU